AAUGUAGCAGGAGAUCUAGGAGGGAAGGGAAGUAUCAUAUCAAGUCAGGGAUAUGGAAAGGUACCACACAGUCUUUCCACAGAAGGCUUGUUAGGGUACUUUCCUAGGUGAUUAUAGUAAUAGUGGCUCAGCAUUGAGAAAGAUUUCAAAAACCAGUCUACAAGAAGAGCACUCCAGUUGUUCUAAUAGUCUAACUCUCAAACAAGAUGGGCGGUUUUUAUUUUCUGGAGGCCAUUCCUUUCUGGAGUCUGACCGGUGUGGCAAUCAUUCAGGUCCACAGCUGCACUCAAGGCCAGCUGUAGUCACCGGAGGCGUGAAACCUACAGCUUGUUGUUUCACAUGUGCCAAAUGGAAUUUAGUCCUUGAUUUAAAAUUCUCCAGGCAGAGUUGUCUGCAAACAAGGGUGGUUUACACAGAGACUGAGUUAUUCGAUAAGAGAUCAAAUGAGACUGAGGGAUGUCUUGCACGCUGCAGUAAAUAUAGAAUUCUGUGUUUUCAUUGAUUGUAGCCUGGGAGAUGGCAACAAGCAAUGAUAACAGCCACGUGUGGCUUUCUUGGGAUCCAACUUCAUACUCUGAAGUGCCAGGCCAAGUUCCAGCAGUAGAACAGUCACGAGACACUUCUUCCUCUCUCAGUGCUACAGAGUGGCCGCUGAGGCGUUAUGGCCGAUUCAUGUCUGGAGCCUUGGUUGCUGCCUCAGGCUCCUGGAAGAUUCUCUCUCUUUCUUUAAUUACAAAAACGGUUUUGGAGUCAAACAAGGAAUCUGGCUUUCUUGUUCUCACCAUAGUUAUUUCGGGCCAUUUCUUCAUUUCUAGAGGAAAAGAAGUACUGGAGGGCUUUUCGUUAAUUGAUGCUCCUCAAUGGUUGAGGAUAGUAAAAAACGCAGAUUGCAUGUUGUUUGGUUCAAAGUCAAAGAACAAACACCGUAUGUUUCGUGUUCAGUUUGCGGGAGAUUCCAAAACACAGGCAGAGGAGCACUGCUAUAGCUGUGAGCAGAAACUUGUUGAGUAUGUACCAGUUCAAGUAGUGGAAGAACACAGACAGGAACUGCAACAAGGGCAUGACUUACAGCUUGACGACGAAAGUCAGCUGAAAGAUGCUGAGCAAAAUGUACCGGUGCAACACACUGAUGUAAAUCUAUCUCCAGCACAAGGAAGAGUAUCUGUGGCAGAGCUAGCACAGUAUGUACUGACAUCACACUCUGAACUUCCUCUUGCGUAUCAACAAAUGAUGUGGAAAUCUGAAGAUUUAGGCCGUUUUAUUCGUUUGUGUCUCUUGGAUAGGAGCUUCCCGGCAUUUGUGGAAGAAGUGGAGAAGGAGUUGAAAAAAAUUGCAAAGAGUUAAGAAAUAAAAAUCAAUACUGGAAAUGCAGUAUUAAAAAUAAAUCCAGUAUCAUUAGAUAAAAAAGAAGUGGUCACAAAGGUAGUGUGUUAUUUUAAAAAUUGUGAAUCCACUUUUUAUAGAUCAGUGUCCUUCAAAAUGUGUACACACAUUCAUGCAUCAACAGUAGCAUCAGUUUUAAAUCAGCAUGAAAGUGGUUAGCAGUAGGGCACAGCAUGGGUAAGGUGAGCAGAACAUUUCCAUUACAAACAUUUUUUCACCUAAAACAACUUUUUGAAAAGCUUUUCUCCUAGCAGGAGCUACUUCCUGCCUCAGUACCCUAUUGGAGAGAAAAAGCUUUAAAAGAUGGUUUCAGGAGAAAGUUUUGAAUUCAGCACCCCUUUCCUAUUUGCCCAUGCUGUGCGCAAUGUUGCCUCAAUGUUUCUUUUUAGGGAUUUAAUGGCACAGAACCAAUUCCACACACAGAUUUACUGCCAUCAUAUCUAGUUUGACCCUAAGAAAAUUAAAAAUGGUGGAUGUACUAUA